UUUCGGCGAGGCGUCGGCAGGAAACCAGGGCGAGUCGGGACCAGCCCAAGGCGGGCAGGAGCGGCACCGAGCGCCCUGCCGCCCCCGCUGCGCCCCGGCACCGCCUGCAGGCAGCGGUGCCAGGCGGCGGUGCCAGGCGGCGGUGCCAGGCGGCCAUGGAGGCGGCGAUGCCGGCGGAGGAGGCGCUGGUGCUGGUGGAGUACGGCUUCGAGUACCGAGCCAAGGACGGCACCUUGGUCUCCAUCAAGCCCAACGAGCGCUACGUCCUGCUCAAGAGGACCAACCACCACUGGUGGCACGUCCGGCGGAGCGGCGACGCUCGGCCCUUCUACAUCCCUGCCCAGUACGUGAAGGAGCUGCCCCCCAUCGCCACCCCGGCCACGCGUGACCCCCCGCCGCCGGCACACGUCGGGACGGAGCCGGCACCGCUCAGCCCCCCGCAGCCACCAGCCUACGAGUAUCGGUUCGUCGGUGCCACCGAGGGCAAAGAGCCGGCUGGAGGAUGCUCGGCGCCCAGGAAGGACUCGGUGCCCAGGAAGGACUCGGUGCCCAGGAAGGAUUCGGUGCCCAGGAAGGAUUCAGUGCCCAGAGUGGACUCGGUACUCAGAAGGGACUCGGUGCCCAGGAAGGAUUCGGUGCCCAGGAAGGAUUCGGUGCCCAGAGGGGACUCGGUACUCAGGAGGGACUCGGUGCCCAGGAGGGACUCAGUGCCCAGGAGGGACUCACCACCAGCACUCAGCUCUUUUCGGGUCCCCCCAGGACUAAGCCCGCACCCCGCUGAGCCCGUGCGACCCUCGCACUCCCUGGAUGACCUGGCACGGGUGACACCGGCCCCGCACGGUGCCACCACCACAGGGUUGUGUGCGGACCCUCCAGGACAUGCUCGCCCGCUUGGCAAGAGCCGCUCCGAGACCCUCUACGCCCCCGGGCAGGACAAGGAGGUGGCCAGGAGGUGCCCAGGGUCCGGCCAUGCGACUCAGGCACGCAAGGAGCCGGAGGAGCCCCCAGCACCCAUCUACCUCAACCUCCUGGAGCUGCAGGAAGAAGCUGCUGCUGCUGCUGCUGCCUCCAGCAGCUCGGCCCCCGAGGAAGCCCCGAGCUCGGUGUGGGACUGGGAGACCCACAGGGACGCGGAGAGUGGACUCCUGUUCUACUACAACCCUGGCACGGGAGAGACCACCUGGGACUGCCCCUUCGGGCAGGCAGAGGACGCAGUGAGCCUCAGCGCCUCGCCCAGCUCCUCGCCCGCCCGCAGCCCCGAGCCCACCGACUGGGACCAGUACGUGGACGAGGGCAGUGGGCAGCCCUUCUUCUACAACCCACGCACAGGGGAGACCUCCUGGGACCCCCCCGGCGCCGCCGACACGGCCCGGGACAGGCAGCCCCGGGGGAGGUGGGACGGGGCCAUGGAGCAGAGGCCACCCACCCCAGAAGCAGACUAUCCCAACCUGUCUCCAGAGGAGCUGGAGGCCUGUGCUGAGGACUACUCACCCAUGGGCUCCUAUGACCAUGGGUCUGCUCUCUCCCUGUCCCCGAGGCACCCUGAGGAGCUGGGCAGCCCCCAGGGCUGGCACCGGCACAGCCACCCCGAGGGAGCCAUCGUCUGCCCUGAGCACUGCACCUCUGACACGGUGCCAGCAGGUGGCUGCCACAACCGGACCAGCAGCAGCUCCAGCCAGGACAGUGGGCUCUGGGCCUGGCACAGCACUGUGCCACCGUCCCCGGGGCUCAAGGAGGAGAAGCUGAGAGGCCUGGAGAAGGCAGGGAUGCUGCACCGCGCCAAGACCAUGGACAGGGGCAAGCGGCUCCGGAAGAACUGGAGCUCCUCCUGGACCGUGCUGGAGGGAAGGAUCCUCACCUUCUUCAAGGACUCCAAGCACUCAGCAGCUGCUGCCUUGCGGCAGCCCAGCACCCUGACCACCCCCGAGCACACGGUGGAGCUGAGCGGUGCCACCCUGGCGUGGGCCAGCAAGGACAAGUCCAGCAAGAAGCAUGUCCUGGAGCUGAGGACCAGGGAGGGCUCCGAGUUCCUCAUCCAGCACGACUCGGAGCAGAUCAUCACAGCCUGGCAGAAGGCCAUCACCGACAGCAUCAGCAGGCUGGCCAUCGACCUCCCUGCAGAGGAGGAUGCUGAAGCUGGAGCUGAAUUUGGCUCGCGGGAGAAGCUGGCAGUGCCCGGGCAAGCAGUGGGCAGUGCCAGCGGUGACAGCGACGUCAGCAGAGUGCGCAACAAGCUCCGCAAGUUCCUGCAGAGGAGACCAACGCUGCAGUCCCUGCGGGAGAGAGGCUACAUCAAGGAUCAGGUCUUUGGGUGCUCCCUGCCAGUGCUGUGCGAACGGGAGCGGGGGACGGUGCCGCGCUUCGUGCUGCAGUGCAUCCAGACCGUGGAGAGGAGAGGUCUGGACAUCGAUGGCCUCUACAGGGUCAGCGGCAACCUGGCCACCAUCCAGAAGCUGCGCUACAAAGUGGAGCACGACGAGCAGCUGGACCUGGAUGAUGGGCGCUGGGAGGACAUCCACGUGGUCACCGGGGCCCUGAAGCUCUUCUUCAGGGAGCUGCCGGAGCCGCUGGUGCCCUUCAGCCACUUCGACAAGUUCAUCGCUGCCAUCAAGAUGCAGGACCCGAGCUGGCGAGGCCGCUGCGUGCGGGACCUGGUGUGCUCCCUGCCGCCUGCCCACCACGACACCAUGAAGGUCCUGUUCCGCCACCUCUGCAGGGUGAUCGAGUGCAAGGAGGAGAACCGCAUGUCGGUGCAGAGCGUCGCCAUCGUCUUCGGCCCCACGCUGCUGCGCCCGGCGGGCGAGGAGGCCAACAUGGCCAUGCACAUGGUCUUCCAGAACCAGGUGGUGGAGCACAUCCUCAACCACUACAGCUACAUCUUCCCCGAUGGCUAAAGCCCCACCCUGGGGACACGUGUGGGGACAAGCUCGAGGCUGGGGACAUGAAGGAGCAGCCUCUCGGGGGAAGGACUUGGCCACGUGGCACUUUGGACAGUGGGGCGGUGGAGGGCAGCCUGGUGGCCUGGCUGGCUCAGGGGUGCAGCUCCAGGGAUGGAUGCCAGAGCUGGGGGCACCUGCAGCACCUUGUUCUCCCCUGCCACCCACUCCUCUGUGGAGGCUGAGCCCCGGAGGGUGUGUGGAGUUGGAGGGGGUCCUGGUCGGGCGAGAGGGGACAGUGGAGCUCUGCGGUCGGAUCCCAUCUCAGCAGGGUCUGUGGCACAGGCAGGGAUGGGUAAGAGGAUGGAGGAUGAAGGAUGUGGGAUGAUGGAGGAUGGAGCAUGAGGGAUGA